CAUAUCUUUGGAAACGAAGGACGCCAUCUUGUUGUCAUUGCAKUUCUUGYAGGCUAGUCCAGUAGCAAGAUGUCUACAUUUGGCAGAUCAAAAGGAGCUCGAUCAGCUUCUCCUUUACGAAGUACUUCGCCUGGAAAUCUCCGUCGCUCCGGUAGCUUUGGAAAAUCCGGUCGAGGUCUUGCUGCGUCGUUCGAUGGCUCGAGUACUGCUGCCAAGAGCAAGCAUGUUAGAUCAUCUACAGCUGACGUAGGGAACAUUGAAAAUGAAUACAUCAGGAAUCUGCAGCAACAAGUUUACUUUCUWGAGCUGGAGACUAACUAUCUACGAGAACAAGCAAGGAAAGCCUCAGUUAUYCCACCAAGAGUAACUGAAGAAGCUGACAGGAUGAUGCGCAAAUUGCGAGACUUGCAAUCCCAACUGGAUGAGCGSUCUAAUGAUGUCAGCAGRAAAGAGUCCAAACUACUUAUGCUAGAAGCUGAGAAAGAUACAGCAGUCAAAAGACUACGUGAUGUUCAAGGUUCUUUGAAGAUACAAGAUGAUUGUACAGCACUCAUCAAAGAAAAUGCUGCAUUGGCUGCACAAGUAAUAGAACUGCAGAAACAUAUUGAUAUGGAUCGUGCUCACAAAGAUGAAAAGGAUGUGAGACGCAGUGCCAAUAUACAAGAACUUGUAUCACUAAAAGAGAGCAACAAACAGCUAAAACAUGAGCUUGAAAAGACACAAGAUCUAUUACGACUAGAGCA